GCUCGCGACAAAAAAAAACCCCGCAACAAGACACCCGGCAAAAUUCAACUCUCGUCAUUCUGCACAAAUAAACGAAAUGAGUGAAAACUUUAUAGUCUAUCCGAACGGAGGCACCCCCGUGCCCCAGGCCGACCAACGAAUGAACCACUCCCAGAUGAAGUUACAACAGCUCCACCAACAACAAAUCCAGCAGCAGCAGCAGAUGCAACAGAUACAACUCCAACAGCUCCACCAGCAGCACCUUCAUAAUGAAACGCUAGCACCGUUUGCGGGACAGGCGCCCAUGUAUGAUGCUAGCUUUCCCGCGACACCCUUUGGCCUGGUGCCAAACGUGGCAGCCCCACCGGUCCAACAGCAGCAUCCCCACGUGCUGCAGAAUCUCUUGAUGGAGCAUUUUAUGAACAACAACCAGGAGGUGAACAAGUAUUUUUUAACCAACCCGCCGAUCUUUGAUCUGUCAAUGCUUUUGGACCCGCCAUACCAGAGUGGGCCACAUCCGCGCCGAAGACGUAUUUCGAUCUCUAACGGGCAGAUACACCAGAUGAUCGAUGCCUUCCACCAUCUUCAGGAAGAUGAAAGGGCCACCAGCCCCUCGACGGACUCCUCAGGGAAUAACAUUGUGGACUUUAUCAACUUAAGGGAUCCUCCCACAAGCUUAGGGGCUGCUUCUAUUUCGCCCAGAUCCCACGCACGCGACAUCUCCGGGAUCGAUAGCAUUACCCCGCAGCCCUCAGUACCCCCCUCCAUCAAUAGUCACACAGGAAAAGCCAUCAAAACCGAAGGCGACAGGGGGGUUCCGGGCGACAGACUCCACGUGAACGGAAGCGGGGUGCCGCAGCACCAGUUGUUUUACAACAACGAGCUCAUUUUCAAUCCUCACGGAGACGCUCCUAUAAAAGGCACCGCAGCAUGGAAGCGCGAUCGCUUAUUGGAGCGUAACAGGGUCGCGGCAUCCAAGUGCAGACAGAGAAAGAAGAUGGCACAGGAGCAAAUGGAGCGCAACGCGGAGAUUCUUGUGGUGGAGAACAAAGAGCUAAAACGCAACUACCUCAAGAUGCGCGCAAACUUGGCCAAGUACCAGAAGUUGAUGCAGAGCCACUUGCUAGAAUGCAAAAGCGGCUCCAACAGCUUGCGGCUUCUCGAGGACUUGAUGAAGAUCGAUAGCGAGGAGAUCAAGAUUAGUACCAGUGAUAACGAGCUUCUUGAUGAUAACGAUGUCUGAGCUCGGCACCGCGAUCGUUCUAUACUUGCUCUCGAGCUCACUUUAAUUUUUUGGGUUUCUUUAUUCCUGCUGGGUGUUAUUGCUUUUAUUCUGGUUAUGGUGUUAUUUAUUCGUUUUCAUGGCGGAGGUGGGUGGUUGUGUCUUAUUUGUGGUGAAACAAUAAAGGUGUGCCACCAUACAAAGAGAGAAAUAAAUAAAGAUAUGAAAUAUAUGUAGAGGG